GGGCGCCCAGACCAGACGUCCCCAUGAAUGUCUUGUAUAAACCGUAGUCUCUGUGGACAUAGUUUGACAAGGACCUAGUUCUUGGCACUGUCAACAAGUAGACAAGUAGAAGUGCAAGGAGGCUUGUGUGGUGGUUGGUGUGGCUGCUGUAGGCAAGGGCAGGUGUGGCGGCCAGCAUGGCGUAGCUUAACCAGGAUGUUGACGCCCCCGCACCUUCCCACACCACUGCUGCUGCUGCUGCUGCUGUUGCCGCUCAGCUGGACGGAGCAGCAGAGGGACCGGAGGUACCAUAUAUCCCCCAGUGGGACCUAUCACCUCGCCUCCAACCCUAGGAUAAUUUACAAGCCCGGGCGCGAUGUGUGUGUGGUGGAGGAGGUGCCCACACUCAACCUUACCUUCCCCCUGGCCUGGACCCCCGGCACCUACUGUACCCACCCCACGUAUCUCCGUCAGCGGUGCUGCGAGGGGUACACGGUGGCCGCCCGCGAACAAGGCUGCCCUGUAGAGGAGGAGGUGGAGGACACGCUGACGACGGGGGAGCAGCUGGGAGGGUGUGACCGCUUCCUGCACCUCCUCCACCGCUACCGCCUCCACGCCCUCUUGCACGCCCACCCCUCCGCCCACACACUCCUCCUCCCACUCAACCAGGGUUUCAGGGACCUGGACUCUGCGACGUGGUCUGAGCUGGGUCGGGCUGUGAGGAUGGGGGAGAGGUGGAGCGGUCCCCCACUACUGCUGUACCACCUGCUGCCUCGCCGCUGGUACACCGCCCACCUCUACCACGGCCAGCACCUCCCUACGCUGUACCAGGACCACCCCGUCACUGUCACCCUCACUGGUAACAAGAUGGUGUUGGUGAACUGUGUGCCGGUGGUGCGUGUGGACCUGCACGCGCGUGACGGCGUGGUACAGGUCAUCAGCAGGCCGCUGCCCCCCGCCUACACUAUGACCCUAGCUGACCUCAUCUCCGGCGACCCGAAGCUCACCAUCUUCUACUCUGUGCUUGGUUAUGCGGAGAUGGUGAGCCUGGUGCGGCACUCCGGCCCUCUCACCGUCUUCGCUCCUACCAAUGAUGCUUUCCGCCUCCUCCCGCGCCGCUUCCUCGACUCUAUCACCUAUGAUGCCAAGUACUUCCCCGCCCUCCAAGCCCUGGGCCGCCAGCACCUGGUGGAGGGGACGGAGUGUUCAACAGGGCUGCGAGGCAAGGUCCGGCUCAAGACCGUGGAGGGCAGCUCCCUCCCCGUGGGCUGCAGCGCCUCCCUCACCCUCACCAUCGGUAACGCCACCGUCACCACACCUGACGUCAUCACCUCCAACGGCGUCCUGCACUACGUCGACCGCGUCCUCAUCCCCCCAAUGGCCCUGAGCCUGGUACAGGUGGCGCGGCGGGCGGGUGCCACCAGGUACAUACACCUUGUAAGGAAGGUCGGCCUCUUCAAAGAUCUUGUCUCCUUCGGCCCCUACACCGUCUUCGCCCCGUCCAACCAGGCCCUCAGAGGACUGAAGAGAUCAUUGGUGAGGAACCUGGACGCCUUAAGGAACCUGGUGCUUUACCACCUGGCAGAGGGCGCCCACGCCUCCUUCACUCUCAAGGACAACCAUCUUCUCUCCUCCAGGCUCCAGGGUGCCUCCCUCAGGAUCAAGAUCCACCCUAAGGUGAUGAGUGUUGAGGAUGGAGUGGUGACGAGCAGCGACCACGUGGCCUUCAAUGGGUACGUACACGUACUGGACAAGGUGCUGACUCCACCCACACACACCCUCGCCCGCACCCUCGCCCUCACGCCCACCCUCUCGCGCUUCACCGCUCUCUUUACACAGGCAGGUGUGUGGGCGUGGCGGGACCUGAGCCUUGGAGUGGGACCUUACACCCUCCUGGCGGUGAAGGACGAGGACAUGGAGACGUGGGCCACUGACACCUUCACUUACUACCGCAUCAUCCAUGACCUCAGCCUCCUCAACCAGUCUCUCAACACCCACCUUCUGGAGGAUUUCGUGAUGCCGCGGGCGCUGCAGGAGGGCUCGACGUCCCUUCUGCGACCCCGCCAGGCCUCCCGCACCCUCCGCCUCACGGUGACUGAUGGACGCCUCUCCCUGCGUCACGCCUCCGUCAGCGACACCUUCCUCCUCUGUACCAACGGCAUCAUCCUCUUCAUAGACGCCUUGCUCCUUCCAUGACUUCCUCUCGAACCUUUGUUCACUAGAACUUUCAUGUGUCAACAGGACCUUCGGGGUGUUCCCAAGGCCUUGUGUGUGUCAACAGGACCUUCAGGGUGUUCCCAAGGCCUUGGGUAUGUCAACAGGACUUGCCGUAUCUCCAAAAGACCUCUUUUUGUCUGUGGAGUGACAAAUUUUAAUUCUUUAAUUUGUGUGCCGAUAGAUUUAAGUAGUGUUCACGAAGGCUCAACUCCUACGAAACCGGCAAUGGCGAGUAGAUGGUUCUCGGUACUCUUUGAAGCGAGCAGUCUUGACUAAGGUACUCUCAAUCAAACUUCAUACUUACGAUAGGAACAAAUAGCCAAAGGAGAACAUGGCUACAAAAGCCCUAAUCAUGUUAUUAAUGUAGAGACAGUCGUGUAGUGGUGUCCCAAGGAUGGUGGCGGUACAGUCCAAGGAGACCGCUGCUCUAGCCUAAACUAUGUAUUAGGCUAUGUAAUAGAAAGUCGCAACUCUGUUCGACAUUAAUAGCGUAGGAAUAAUUUAUACCACAAAAUUAAUAUAGUAAUUGACUUCCAGUAAGUCAGCAUUAUAUAUUGGUUUGGGUAGAUGAUAAUAAUAGUGCACUUUGAUAAUAGGCUUGACCAAAGCCAAGCACCACGACAAUCUCACACAUAACAAUGUAAAUAAACACAUGAAUACCGAAUAAAACUUCUACGUUUUAA